AUGAUCAGACUAUGCAACGGACCCCUUGAGACCCUCGAUGGUCUUCAGCAGCAGGGGUUUUCAAUUUGGAGCUCAAAGCCGGCCAUGCCACUAAGCAAUCCCGAAUACGAUAUUCUCAGCAACCAGGGUGCGUUUGUGCUUCCGCUUCAAUGGCUAUGCCAUAUCUUGCUUGAGGCAUACUUUGCCUAUAUCGCUCCAACAGUACCGAUUCUUAACCGUGGCGAGUUCAUGCAAAGUUUCUUCUCAUCACAUAGCGAACAACGUACCUUUUCCCAUCUCUUGGUCAACGCCGUUUUGUUGGCAGGCUGCAGAGUAUGCAGUCAUCCAUGUAUCAGGGAUGGAGACGGGUCAACUCAACGAUUGUCGAGUCUGUUUUAUCAACGCGCAAAAGCGCUAUACGAUGCCGAGUAUGAAUCUGACAAGGUCUGCGUGGUACAGGCUCUCACAUUACUGGGCUGGUACUGGGAAGGCCCAGAGGGUAUUAUGGAUAAUUCAUUCCACUGGACGCAAGUCGCCAUUACUGUCGCUCGAGGCUUGGGGAUGCAUCGAAGCAUGAAGAAUUCCGGGUUGCCUGGUCACGAAAAGCGCCUCAGGAAGCGUAUCUGGUGGACGCUUUUCUGCCGUGAGCGCACUCUGGCCCUCUCACGAGGCAGGCCGUUCACAAUCCGCGAGAGCGAUACAGAUAUUGAAGAGGUUACUGCGGAUGACUUUGAAGAGCUCCCUCAUUCUCGUGAGGAUGUUACCGUUCGCUAUUUCCUGCAAUACAUCAAGCUUAGCCGCUUGGUUGGGGAGAUUCUUCAGCAGCGACAGCUAUUUUCAAAGACUACUUUGACUCCCUCUUCUUCUUCCUCCCUGCGUCUAAAGCACAAAUUAGAAUUUGAACACAGGCUUCACAGCUGGUACGAUGAGUUGCCGGCAGAUCUUCGUUGGGAGCCGGCGAACCAAGAUAUCUGGUCGUCGAUAUUGCAACUAUACUACUACGCUGUCCUGUGUCUUCUUUACAUUGUUCCUACUCACAAGGGUACAUCGGCUAUUCUUGCUCGCGAUGUAGGCAGCAGGACAGAGCAGCACUUUGGCCUUCGCAGAGCAACGACAGACGCGUCCAUGAUUAGUUGUAUUCUUGCGAAACUGCGAGCAUUUGGACAAAUCAACUUUGUCCCUUGUUUCACUGUUUACAGCGCUUGUGUAGCGAUGAUUGUGCACGCCAAUGAAAUCCUGCACCCGAUGAAUGAUGAGGACGAUGUCGAUGCCGCUGCUCAUCGUAUACAGCUUGAAAUAUGUAUAAACGCGCUGGGUGAUUUAUCAAAGAGUUGGCUUGUUGCUGAGCUUUGCCUUGAUAUUGCAUCUCCCGUUAUAGAUAGACUACGAACAUAUCGAAUGGUGGUCUGA